AUGAAAAAAGUGGCUGCAAAAGCCGACAUCAGUGCUGGAUUGCACACGGUUCGUUUCGAUGCCACUAUAAAAUUCAACGACUCUCAUCUCGCGUACCGCCCACCUACUGAGCCAGCUUAUGUUGGGCAACCUAGCGCUGAGAUUGACAAUAAUUGGGAAAAUUUAUUGGGAGCUGUUAACAUCUUUGUAACGCCAUCGGAGCAGAAGCUUUUAGGAACUGAACUGUGGCUUGACCCUGCGACGGGUUUGUAUAUGGCAGAGGUGACUGUGUUUCAUGAUUUGCAUUGCCUGAACAUGCUUCGAAAAGCCUUAUACAUCGAGCAUUAUCCAGAAAUUGAUCACUUUCCAGUACAAGUCCAUCUUGAACAUUGCAUUGAUGCAUUGCGACUCAGCCUCAUGUGCACCGGAGAUAUGACUCUAAUACCAAUUAGAUGGUCGAAGAAUAGGAAUUGGAUCAACCCUUCCUUUGACACGGAUCAUACCUGUCGCAAUUAUGAGGCCUUACGAGAUUGGUCAUUGCCUCGAGAUGCCGCUGAUGAAAAUAAAUGGCCGGCUAAUGCAGACAGAUUACGCAAAUUGGAUGGACUUUCAUAA